AUGAAAAAAAACGAAAGCAGCACUUUGCUCCUGGAAAUAAUUCGCCGUAAUAUUCUAAGCACUGUUAAUGAGUUUAGAAACAAUACCCUUUAUCUGGUGAGUGAAAAUAUAACUCCAGUAGAGUUAGGAGAAAUCAUUGGGGGAGAAAUCGUAGUGGUUUCGGGAAAUGCUAAAGAAAAAGAAAGCGUACAGCAUCUUCUCGAAAAUAUUCUGCUUUUUGCUGACUUCAAAACUAAUCCUAACCGUCCAGCCCAAGGAGUAGUGAUUGACAGUUAUCUGCAUCCUCAAACUAACUCCCAAGUAAGUGAAUUAUUAAUCCAAGACGGCGAAUUAAGAGUUAAGGAUACCAUUUUCCUCAAUGGGAAAUUUGCUCAAGUCAAAAUGUUGUUUAGCAUUAGCGGCCAGAAAAUUACUACUGCUCGUCCAAGCGAUAUAGUUCAAAUAGUUGGUUUAAAUAUUUCAGCAGAAUUAGGAGACAGGUUUUUAGUAAUAAACGAUGAAAAAACAGUGGCCAAAAUAGAGAAUGAAUUAAUUAAUUAUUGGGAAAAAAAGAAGAAAUUAAUUCCUCCUCCCCCAAGUGAGAAAAAAAAUGUCAAUUUAGUUCUGAGUGCCGAUAGUCAAAACAGUUUGGAGGCCCUUGCCGAACUAGCAAGAAAAAAAAAUACUCCUAAUUUUAACUUUUCAAUUGUUUAUGCCACGGUGGGAAAUUUAAACAGUUUUGCUCUUGAUUUAACCAAAAUUACUAACAGUACUGUUCUAAUCUUUGGCUACCAACCCCCCCCAAAACAAAUAGAAAUUUUGAAGGAUCAUAACCUCCCUUUUUUUAGUAGUAAAAUUAUAUACGAGAUUGGGGAAAAACUAGACGAAAUUAUUAUUAUUAGCAGUCAGCAGGAGGUCGAAGAAGUAGAAGAAGUAGUAGGAACAGCAUUAGUAAAAGUAGUUUUUGAAUUUUCGAAGGGCAACAUUGCGGGCUGCCAAGUAACUAGCGGAAAAAUCAGCCGUAAUAAACGAGUUUAUGUCCUCCAAGGAAAAGAAGAAAACAAAGUUUUUAGUGGAGAAAUCAAAAGUUUAGAAAGCAAUAAAGUAGAAAAAAAUGAAGUCAGUGCCGGCCAAGAAUGUGGAAUUGUCCUGAAAGGAUUUGAUAAUUUUCAAGAAG